GCGAAAGCCCUCAGCAGUGGGAACGAGCAGGAGGCGGUCCAGCUUUGCCAGAGGCUGUCCCAGGCUUUUCUGUCCCGGUGUGCGUCAGCAUCGACAGCCAGGGCGUACCCUCAGGACUCCAUAAGGUUACGGGUCGGGGAGUGGAGGAUGCGCAAGUCCGACGCCGACAUCCCUCUGAAUGUUUUGGUGUCUCCCGACAUGACAAUCGCUCAACUUAAAGAAAAGAUUAGCCUGGACCACGGCUUCCACCCCUCGCUGCAGCGCUGGGUGAUCGGGAAGCGGUUUGGCAAGGACCGCGAGACGUUGCACAGCCACGGCGUCCGUCCUGACGGAGACCAGGCCUUCCUGUUCAUCCUGUCGGCCAAAGCUGCUCGUCUCAACCUGCUCCAGCACAAGCAGGACCAGGACCGACAGCGCUUAGACGGUCAGUGACGUCCCAUGCAACUUUUACCCAGAGGGUCUGCCACAGGUGGCGAGAAGACAGCUGUUCCUGGUGAAAACGUUCCUCCUUCUCUUCCCAAACAUAUUCUCCCUCCUCCUCCUCCGGCUCCUCGUCCUCCUCCUAAACCCGCGGUGCCGGCUAAGCCUCAGGAGGGCUGGUCCUGCGCCAUGUGCACGUUCAUCAACAAACCCACGCGCCCCGGCUGCGAGAUAUGCGGAGGGGAUCGGCCCGAGGAUUACCAGGUGCCUGACGUCUACCAGCCGGACCAGCAGGAGGUUCUCCGAAUCCAGCUGGAAAGCCUGGCCGAGGCUCAGUACAAAGAGGUGACGGCGCUGUCAACCGAGGGGACGUGUCGCCAGUAGACGUGCGGCCCCCCCGUGCAGAUAGCAUUUUACCCUGGAGCUGUAUCCUAAAACCUGAUACAUCUCACAAUAUAAUCCAGGUAGUGUCUAAAAAUGACCAUAGUGAACAGUCUGGAUGCUGAGGUGUCCUGUCCUGAGACGUGCGACAGCAAGCUGCUGGACCGAGAGAUCAAAGCGCUGCUCACGGAAAGCGAGCACCAGCGCUUCCUGGAGCUGCGUCUGAGCAUCGCGGAGAGCCGCUCGGAGCACAGCUUCCACUGUCAGACGCCCAACUGCCGAGGCUGGUGCAUCUACGAGGACGAGGUCAACGAGUUCCUCUGCGAACUCUGCCAGCAAGUCAACUGCAUUCUCUGCAGGGCCAUCCACGAGGGCAUGAACUGCAAGGACUACCAGGACGACCUGCGCAUCCGGGCAGAGAACGACCAGGCGGCUCAGCAGACGAAGCAGAUGCUGGAGAACCUGCUACAGAAUCAGGAGGCCAUGAAAUGUCCACGGUGUGACAUCGUCAUCCAGAAAAAAGACGGCUGUGACUGGAUCUGCUGUUUGAUGUGCAAGACGGAAAUCUGCUGGGUCACCAAACAAGCUCGCUGGGGACCAAAUGGCAGCGGCGACACAUCUGGCGGCUGCAGGUGCCGAGUCAACAAUAAGCCGUGCCAUCCCAACUGCCAAAACUGCCACUGAGGGGAAAUAGCACACUAAUGGAAACGCGGCAGAAAAGGAACUGGCUGUGAGACUCUGUAAAGGAACCGUCUGGUCAUCGAGGCACGACCUUCUGAUGCAAUGUGAAUGUUACACACAAGCUAUGCAAACCGGGGAUCUUCUCUCUAUAGGAAUACUUUGUUUAAUUAAUGCUCAAUAUUCACGUUGACGUUACAAAAGGUUUAAUUGCGGAUGGUCAUUUUGCGGCGGGUUUAAUUUUUUUUUCAACUUUGAUUGUAUGAAGCUAUUUUUAAACAGAAACACAAAGCAAAAAUGAUUACUCAAAUCCUGCAUAUAGAAAAUACCCAUAAAAAAUUAUGUUUUUUUUUUUGAAGACUAAUUAACUACAACUCAUGAAGAAUUUGAUUAUUUUUGGCAACUCCUCAUUGAGUCCAUGCCUGAGACGAGAGAGCGCUACGUUUGCUGUAUACCAAAGUAAUCGUCUCUGAUGUACUUUUUUUUUUUCAA